AUGGUUGCCAACUAUAAAUACACUCUAUGCGUCGCAACACGACGUGACAAUGUCAACCACUUCAUCGCAUAUCGCACCAUAGUCAAAUACCUGCGCAUGGUCAAGCUCCGGGAACACCUUUACGAGAACUUUGCCGUCGCCGUUCAGAUCCAAUACAUCCUGCCCCCUCGAUUCAAGAUACUUGGCCACGCUGGGAACAUCAACAAUGAUGUCCUGUCCCGAAAGUAUGACGGCCACCCGUCUAUUUCCAACCCUGCUUCCAUCUGGUCCUCGCCUUUGGACCAGGUCAUCCUUCCAAAUGAUGCUGUCCCGCCAGAACAGGUGCCGCCCGAGACAAUGAGCGACACCUGGAUCUGUGCUCGCAAAGUACCACAGCUGCCACUCAUUUGCGCGACUGGGGAGGCGGCGAGUGAAGUUGUAAGCCACGGGGGGCAGGUGAAGCAUGAUGGUUACGGGGUCGAUCAUUGCUACAGCACUGACCCUGGAUCGCAUGCUCGGCGAGUGGAGUACGUGGGCAGCCUGGACCGACCCGUAGGAAUGGGAUGCGAUGGCAAACGUGUCCCAGUUGUGGUGGUCGAGUAUGAGAUUGACCUGGCGCAGAAACUCUACCCUGUCCAGAGGGGAAGAGGUCAGGCGGAAUGA